GAAUUAUUUAUGUCGCAAAGUAAGGUAGACCGAGUAGGCCUAUUAAAAGAAUUCCAUGCCAUCUUCUUAUCUUUCAGACCUCUCAAGUCUCAGUAGAGCUUCUUGAAAUUUAGAUAUAAAUUGUUUACCAAAGUUGUAAGAUGAGUUCCACUGUGUUAUGUAAUUUGAAACAGAUAGAAUAUGAAAAACAUUUUGUUACGAUUCCCGGCAAGUGGAUGGGGGAUUUCACAUUGUUGUUGUUUGAGGUUCCUGUGAUUAAGCUGAUUAAAGAUGGAAAACCAAUAUUCCUCUCAGUAGGUAAAAGUAAUGAAGAGGCGGACACGAUUGAAGUCGGAUCAAUGUUAGGACUAGGAUCCUGCUCCGAAGUAAGGUUGGAGAAACCCCGGAGAGAGGAGAUAGGUUCAGCAGAGAGGGUUUCAGUUUCUCCAGCAUCACCAGCUGACUGGGAUAUCAUUAAACUUAACCAAAAUGGCGUGGAACAAUCAAUCCUAGAGCAAGUUCGAGUUCUUCAAAGGAAAUCGAUAAUUCAAAUUUAUGUGAAAUCGAUAAAAUUAAGGUUAAAAGUUGUUGCAUUAGUCCCUGAUAAACCUGCAGUAAUCCUCCAACAAUCGACUGAGCUGGAGAUCAUUAAUCCUUUCGAGGAUGACGAGGAUGGGUUUGAGUUCUCCGAGGAUGAGAUUGAAGACUUUGAUGAACCUCUACCAACCAUUGAUGAAACAAAUAAAACGAAAUUUACUGCGUUUCCCUUUUUUGACUGGUUUGCUAAUAAAAGUUCUGAUAGUUCCGCUCAAAACAAGCUAACACCGAAUUUAUUUUUAACCAAAUUUAAAGGUUUCCUUCGAGUUCAGGUUGAUAGCUCGAUCACUGUAUCUACACUCUGUCGGAUCUCUAGUUUUGAGACGAGCAAACUAUACUUCUUCGCUCAACUCUCAGGGUUGGAGAAGAAGGAGGACGGAUCCAAGGAAUUGACUAGUGUUUACGUAAGGGUGGAUAUGUGUGAAAACCUUGAACCUGGAACUGUAUACCUCUCUCCUCUUCUGAUACAUUGUAAACAUUUAGCCAUUGGGAGUCAAAUAUUCCUGCAAUCUUUGACAGCAGACCAAACUAAUUAUAAUCUUGUUGCAGAAAUCAGAUUGAAAAUAUUUCAAAAUUCAGAAAAACAUACGGUUGAGGUUGAUUUUCAAGGAUUGUUUGAAAAGGAUAGUCAUAUUUUUAGUGAUCAAAGCCCACUAGCGGUGACUAAUUGUACUGGAACUGUGUCGGUAGAACCAGAUUUAAAGUUUAUUAUCACUACUCCGGGAUGCAGAGUGAUCGUACAAUCAGGUUCGACUAAAUCUGAUGUAAACUACAAAAAUCCAAAACUUACAUUUUACAAGAAUAAGGAGAAAUAUGUCUCCGACAUUUUCAUGGAAAAACUUGAAACUUGUGAAAGAUUUAUCUCAGCAUCCAUUGGACUAAAUAACACUAUCUCUAGGUCUGUUCAUCUCCUGGUUACCGGAGGAUCCGGAUCCGGUAAAACAACUUUUGUUGGAAUCCUCUCGGAGAAGUUUUGUUCAUCCAGGUUCACUGUCUCCAGUGUUUAUAUAAACUGCACAGUUCUCAAGAACAAACGACUUGAUUUUGUCAAGAGUAAGAUACGAGGUGGAGUAGAGGAAAUUCUAACCCUUAAACCAGGAAUACUGAUCCUAGACAACCUCGAGUGUAUCGCAUGUCCAACCCAGGAGGAAAACCAGGAUGAAACCUCAACCAUUAUAUCCUCCUGGAUCAAAGAGCUACUGAACUCUCUGCCUAGAGGUAUCAUGGUGGUCGGUAUAGCUGAGUCGGUUGACAGUCUAAAUCCCCAACUCCAAUCUAAGAAAGGAUCAAUUCCAUUCCUUUACACAGUGAACCUAACUCCCCCUUCUGCUCUGGAAAGAGAUAGAUUAGUUAAGUUCUAUCUCAAGGAUACUUUCUCAGCUCUAGACUCAGUUUCCCUAGAAUCAUUUUAUCCCUGUGAUAUCAGAAUGCUUUGUGAAAAAAUCCUUUCUUUGGGAGAUAAUAUCGGUCCAGAAACCCUUCAAGGAGAAAUAGAUGAUUUUACUCCGCUCUCAAAAUGGGGAAAACCGCUGAAACCAGCGAUAAAACGAGAUCUAGCUGAUGUUGGAGGAUUAGAGCUAGCGAAGAGUACCCUAAUACAAACCCUGAUCUGGCCAAUCCUGCACCAGGAUAUCUACAGGAGGAUUGGAGUACGGAUGCCCAAGGGAGUGCUGCUUUAUGGAGUACCUGGAACAGGGAAAACUUUGCUAGCGGAGUCAAUUGCAUCCUACAGUAAUCUGAACUACAUCUCCAUCAAGGGUCCGGAACUGCUCUCCAAGUAUAUCGGAGCAAGUGAGAGAAAUGUUAGAGAUAUUUUUCUCCGAGCCCAGGCGGCAAAACCUUGCCUUCUCUUCUUUGACGAGUUCGACAGCUUGGCUCCAAGGCGAGGACAUGAUAGCACAGGAGUAACUGACCGGGUUGUGAACCAGCUUCUCACCCAACUGGACGGAGUAGAGGGACUAGACGGAGUCUGGAUAAUCGCAGCAUCAUCUCGUCCAGACCUUAUAGAUCCGGCUUUAGUCCGUCCUGGUAGGAUUGAUAAAUCAGUGCUGUGUCCUUUACCCGGAGCAGAGGAUAGGUUGGAUAUUCUCAGGAAACUGAGUAAAGAUCUAGAUAAAGCUGACUGCGUUGAUCUACCCGCGAUAGCUGACCUAACAGAUGGGUUGUCAGGAGCUGACCUGAAAGCAGUUCUAUACACUGCUCAGCAGACUAGCAUUAACAAGAACGAAUCCUUAUCAAGAGACAAGGUUCAGAGUAGGGACGAAAGCUCCAAGGUUUGGAUAACCCAGGAGAGUUUACUUCAAGCUGCCAGAGAAACCAAACCAUCAGUUUCCGCGGCAGACUUGAAUAAAUACAUCUCAGUAUACUCAAACUUCAAAUCUGGGAAAACACAGUCCAUGUCUCAACGAACCACCUUGGCCUGAGCUUCAUCUAAUCAUGAUUAAUAAUAUAGAAAUUUAUUGCAUUUAUAAUAAAACAUGAUUACAAAGAAAUAUCUAAAAUACAGAA